CGUGCGUGGCGACGUGUCGGCCAUCUUGUGUUGUUGAGGCUGAGGAUUGACUUGGGUUCUGAGAGACUCCUGUCCCGGACCGCAGUGUUAAAAAGACCUGAAAACAUUUGCUGAAACCUCUUGCUGUGAGAAAGCAGAACUUUUGAACAGGUUUCUCCAUACAUAAAAAACUUUUUAAAAAUACGGAGAAGAAUGGCAGCAGAAACACAGACACUAAACUUUGGGCCUGAAUGGCUCCGUGCUCUGUCCAGUGGUGGGAGUAUCACGUCCCCUCCUCUUUCUCCGGCCCUGCCAAAGUAUAAGUUAGCAGAUUAUCGAUAUGGCCGAGAAGAAAUGUUAGCCCUUUUCCUUAAAGACUACAAGAUACCUUUUGACCUUCUGGAGAAAGAAUUCCUGCCUAUCCUACAGGAGGAGCCCUUGCCACCAUUGGCUCUAGUACCCUUUACAGAAGAAGAGCAGAGAAACUUUUCCAUGUCUGUAAAUAGUGCCGCUGUCCUGCGAUUGACAGGACGAGGAGGAGGAGGAGGAACAGUGGUGGGGGCUCCUAGAGGUCGAAGUUCUUCAAGAGGGCGAGGCAGAGGUAGAGGUGAAUGUGGUUUCUACCAAAGAAGUUUUGAUGAAGUAGAGGGUGUGUUUGGGCGAGGAGGUGGCAGGGAAAUGCAUAGAUCACAGAGCUGGGAAGAAAGGGGUGACAGGCGCUUUGAAAAACCAGGAAGAAAAGAUGUAGGGAGACCAAAUUUUGAAGAAAGUGGACCAACGUCUGUGGGGAGAAAGCAUGAAUUUAUACGGUCAGAAAGUGAAAACUGGCGAAUCUUUAGAGAGGAACAAAAUGGAGAAGAUGAAGAUGGAGGUUGGCGAUUAGCUGGAUCAAGAAGAGAUGGAGAGAGGUGGCGGCCUCACAGUCCUGAUGGCCCUCGUUCUACAGGCUGGCGGGAACACAUGGAACGGCGCCGGAGGUUUGAGUUUGAUUUUCGAGAUCGAGAUGAUGAGCGGGGUUACCGCCGGGUGCGUUCUGGCAGUGGGAGCAUCGAUGAUGACCGGGAUAGCUUGCCGGAGUGGUGUUUAGAGGAUGCUGAAGAGGAAAUGGGCACAUUUGACUCAUCUGGAGCAUUCCUCUCUCUAAAAAAAGUGCAGAAAGAACCUAUUCCUGAAGAGCAGGAAAUGGACUUUAGGCCUGUGGAGGAGGGAGAGGAGCGCUCUGACUCUGACAGCAGCCAUAACGAAGAGGCCAAAGAACCGGAUAAGACAAACCGGAGAGAGGGGGAGAAAGCAGAUAUAGCAGGGGCUGAAGCUUGUGAGGAAGUACCCCAGACGUUAUUGUCAUCUGCUAGACCAGGUACCCCUUCAGAUCAUCAGCCUCAAGAAGCAGCACAGUUUGAGAGAAAAGAUGAACCCAAAGCUGAACAAACGGAAAAGGCUGAAGAAGAGAAUCGGUCAGAAAAUAGUCUCCCAGCCAAGGUCCUCAGCAGAGGGGAUGAAACGGUGCCUGACUCCCAGCAACCCUCCACCCAGCUUCCUACAGACACAGCCUCUCCUCUCCUCAUCCUGCCACCUCCUGUUCCUACUCCUAGUCCUGCCUCACGGCCAGUUGAGACAGCAGUUGUUGAAGCCCCUGGUAUGAGCAGUGUUCCCACAGAGCCGGAUGAUGAAGAGGGCCUCAAACACUUGGAGCAGCAAGCUGAGAAGAUGGUGGCUUAUCUCCAAGACAGUGCACUAGAUGACGAAAGAUUGACAUCAAAACUGCAAGAGCACCGAGCUAAAGGAGUGUCAAUCCCACUGGUGCACGAAGCAAUGCAGAAGUGGUAUUACAAAGACCCUCAGGGGGAGGUCCAAGGUCCUUUUAACAAUCAGGAGAUGGCCGAAUGGUUUCAGGCGGGCUAUUUUACUAUGUCAUUGCUGGUGAAGAGAGCAUGUGAUGAGAGCUUCCAGCCCCUUGGUGAUAUCAUGAAAAUGUGGGGAAGGGUUCCUUUCUCUCCAGGCCCAGCUCCCCCUCCUCAUAUGGGAGAAUUGGACCAGGAACGCCUGACCAGACAGCAGGAGAUCACUGCCUUAUACCAGAUGCAGCACCUCCAGUACCAGCAGUUCUUAAUCCAACAACAGUAUGCACAGGUGUUGGCUCAGCAGCAGAAAGCAGCUUUGUCGUCUCAGCAGCAGCAGCAACUGGCUCUUCUUCUGCAGCAGUUCCAGGCUCUGAAGAUGAGAAUGUCUGAUCAGAACAUCAUUCCCUCAGUAACUAGGUCUGUGUCAGUGCCAGAUACUGGCUCUAUCUGGGAGCUUCAGCCAUCAGCCUCACAGCCUGCAGUUUGGGAAGGUAGUAGUGUAUGGGAUCUUCCCCUGGACACCACAACACCAGGUCCUUCCCUGGAACAGCUUCAGCAGCUAGAGAAGGCCAAAGCUGCAAAGCUAGAACAGGAGAGAAGAGAGGCAGAAAUGAGGGCAAAAAGGGAAGAGGAGGAGCGAAAGAGGCAAGAAGAACUCCGGAGACAGCAGGAGGAAAUCCUUCGGAGGCAGCAGGAGGAAGAAAGGAAAAGAAGGGAAGAAGAGGAACUUGCUCGAAGAAAGCAGGAGGAGGCUCUGCGACGCCAGCGGGAGCAAGAGAUUGCACUAAGGCGACAGCGAGAAGAGGAGGAAAGACAGCAACAGGAAGAAGCUCUUAGAAGAUUGGAGGAGCGGAGGAGAGAAGAGGAGGAAAGGCGGAAGCAGGAAGAAUUGUUACGCAAGCAGGAAGAGGAGGCUGCCAAAUGGGCUCGGGAAGAGGAAGAAGCCCAGCGCCGACUGGAAGAGAACAGGCUGCGCAUGGAGGAGGAGGCAGCCAGACUUCGGCAUGAAGAAGAGGAACGAAAACGGAAGGAACUGGAACUGCAGCGGCAGAAGGAUCUGAUGCGCCAGAGGCAGCAGCAGCAAGAGGCUCUCCGAAGGUUGCAGCAGCAACAGCAGCAGCAGCAGCUUGCACAAAUGAAGCUUCCCUCUUCAUCAACGUGGGGUCAGCAGUCUAACACAGCAACAUGUCAGUCCCAGGCCACACUGUCCUUGGCUGAGAUCCAGAAGCUGGAAGAAGAACGAGAACGCCAGCUUCGAGAAGAGCAAAGGCGGCAGCAGAGGGAAUUGAUGAAAGCUCUCCAGCAGCAGCAGCAGCAGCAGCAGCAACAGAAACUCUCAGGCUGGGGGAAUGUCAGCAAACCUGCAGGUACCACCAAGUCUCUACUGGAGAUACAGCAGGAAGAAGCCAGGCAGAUGCAGAAGCAGCAGCAGCAGCAGCAGCAACAGCAACAGCAACACCAGCAAUCAAACAGAGCCCGGAACAGCACACAUUCCAACCUGCACACCAGCAUUGGGAAUUCUGUAUGGGGCUCUAUAAACACAGGUCCUCCUAACCAGUGGGCGUCUGAUCUAGUCAGUAGUAUCUGGAGUAAUGCAGACACCAAAAACUCCAACAUGGGGUUUUGGGAUGAUGCAGUGAAAGAGGUGGGACCUAGAAAUUCAACAAAUAAAAAUAAAAACAACGCCAGUCUCAGUAAAUCUGUAGGUGUGUCUAACCGGCAAAAUAAGAAAGUAGAAGAAGAAGAAAAGUUGCUGAAGCUCUUUCAGGGAGUAAAUAAAGCCCAAGAUGGAUUUACCCAGUGGUGUGAACAGAUGCUUCAUGCCCUUAAUACGGCAAAUAACUUGGAUGUUCCCACAUUUGUUUCUUUCUUGAAAGAAGUGGAGUCUCCUUAUGAAGUCCAUGACUAUACCAGGGCCUACUUAGGAGAUACUUCUGAGGCCAAGGAGUUUGCUAAGCAGUUCCUUGAGCGCCGUGCCAAACAGAAAGCCAACCAGCAGCGGCAGCAGCAGCAGCAGCAGCAGCAGCAUCAACAGCAGCAGCAGCAGCAGCAGCAGCAGCAGCAGCAGCAGGACUCUGUCUGGGGGAUGAACCACAGUACACUCCACUCGGUAUUUCAGACCAAUCAGAGCAACAACCAACAAUCAAAUUUUGAGGCUGUGCAAAGUGGCAAGAAGAAGAAAAAGCAGAAGAUGGUUCGAGCAGAUCCCAGUUUAUUAGGAUUUUCAGUCAAUGCCUCGUCGGAGCGACUGAACAUGGGAGAGAUUGAGACUCUGGAUGACUACUGAGUACCUGCUGCUGUGCCAGCCUUCCCACUCCUGCCUAGUGACCAUGGUUUCUCCUCAUUGGACACAACAUACGUUCACCAUUUGCUCUGUCACUCUGCAACAAAUCACAGAACCAAUCAUCUCAGGCUUUUUUUUUUU